GCAGUGGUGGUUUGCAUGAGAUCCAUAAGCGCUCCCUAGCGACGAUAAGAAAAAGUACAGAUUAGAAAAACGAUCACGUUGAAGUCCGCAAUCUCUCGCGAGAAGACGACGCUUGGUCGACGACAGGGAAGGCAUCAUGGCGGACGCUUCGGCUCGUUCGCUUCAGUACGAGUACAAAGCGAACUCCAACCUUGUUCUCCAAGCCGACCGGUCGCUGAUUGACCGCAGAAGUCGCGAUGAGGCGACAGGUGAGGUUAUGUCCCUGGUGGGGAAAAUGCAGGAGAGCCGCAUGGGUGACCGCUACCAGCGCACCAAACCACCGCUCAUGGAGGAACGAAAGGCCAAGCGAAAGAAGCGUGACGAGGACCAGUAUGACGUGAAGAAGAUGAAGGGGAUGACGCUGCUGUCGGAGGGGAUCGAGGACAUGGUCGGUAUCGUGUACCGCCCCAAGACGCAGGAGACGCGACAAACGUACGAGAUGAUUCUCAGUGUUAUCCAGGACGCCCUUGGAGACCAGCCCCGUGAUGUCCUAUGUGGAGCUGCAGACGAGGUUCUGGCCAGUCUGAAGAACGACAGAAUGAAAGAGAAGGACAGGCGGAAGGAAGUGGAGCUCCUGCUGGGAUCCAUGGAGGAGUCACGUUACGCGCUCAUCGUGAACCUCUGCAAGAAAAUCACGGAUUACGGAGGGGACAAGGAGCAACGGCCGAUUGAAGAGAACAUAGACGAGACCCUUGGUGUGAAUGUCCAGUUUGAGUCGGAUGAGGAGGAGGAUGAUGACGAUGUGUACGGCGAGGUUCGGGAUGCCCAGUCUGAUGAUGAUGAGGAGGGAGAGGAGGCAGAGAUCACCGGGACACUCAAGGCCGAGGGCCUGACGGAGAGUAAAGACCAUGGCAAGGGGAACAAGGACCUCCACCCUCGCGACAUCGAUGCCUACUGGCUGCAGCGCCAGCUCGGCAAGAUCUACGACGACCCGAUCGUCUCGCAGAAACGCGCAGAGGAGAUCCUGGAGAUCCUGAAGACGGCGUCGGACAACCACGACUGCGAGAACCAGCUGGUGCGCCUCCUCGGGUUCGACCAGUUCGACUUCAUCAAAGUGCUGCGGCAGUAUCGCUUCAUGAUCCUGUAUUGCACCAUGCUGGCUGCGGCACAGAGCGAGGCGGAGCGACAGCGUAUCGUGGAUAAGAUGGAGAGCGACACGGAGCUGGCCGCCAUCUUGCACGCCCUCCAAGAGGAGGAGAAGGGUGACCUGGUGCAGGAGGAGCGUGCACGGCGUGCGGCGGCCCGUCAGACCCGCGUAGAGGGGGAGCUGGAGGCCAUGCAAGUGGAUGACAUCCCAGAGGCAAUGCGGCCAAGUCAGGUGUUGGACCUGGAGGACCUGAUCUUUACCCAGGGUUCUCACCUCAUGGCAAAUAAACGGUGUCAGCUACCGGACGGCUCCUACCGCAAACAGCGCAAAGGAUAUGAAGAGGUCCAUGUUCCCGCGCUGAAACCCAAACCGUUUGCGUCGGACGAGUCCCUGGUUUCCAUCGACCGUCUGCCGAAGUACGCACAGCCGGCUUUCGAGGGCUUCAAGAGUCUGAAUCGCAUCCAGAGCCGACUGUACAAGGCCUCGCUGGAGAGUGAUGAGAACCUGCUCCUGUGUGCUCCCACUGGCGCGGGUAAAACCAACGUGGCCCUGCUGACCAUCCUGCGAGAGGUGGGGAAGCACAUCAACCGUGACGGGACCAUCAACGUGGACGCCUUCAAGAUCAUCUACAUCGCUCCCAUGAGGUCACUCGUACAGGAGAUGACUGGCAACUUCAGCAAGAGACUGGAGUCUUACGGCAUCACGGUGUCUGAGCUGACUGGGGAUCACCAGCUGAGUCGAGAGGAGAUCCAGGGCUCGCAGGUCAUCGUGUGUACGCCGGAGAAGUGGGACAUCAUCACGCGGAAGGCUGGGGAGCGGACGUACACCCAGCUGGUGCGACUGCUCAUCAUUGAUGAGAUCCACCUUCUGCACGACGAGAGAGGGCCGGUGCUGGAGUGCAUUGUUGCCAGAAUGAUCCGGAGUAUCGAGACCACCCAGGAAGAUAUCCGAUUGGUCGGCCUGAGCGCCACCCUGCCGAACUACGAGGACGUGGCCACGUUCCUGCGUGUGGACCCCGCCAAGGGGCUGUUCUUCUUUGACAACAGUUUCCGCCCUGUGCCGCUGGAACAACAGUACAUCGGUAUCACUGAGAAGAAGGCUGUGAAAAGGUUCCAGUUGAUGAACGACAUCCUGUAUGAGAAGGUGAUGGAACACGCGGGGAAGAACCAGGUUCUCGUGUUCGUUCACUCGCGGAAGGAGACGGGAAAGACGGCACGAGCGAUCCGCGACAUGUGUCUGGAAAAGGACACGCUGGGUCACUUCCUCCGGGAAGGGUCGGCUGCUACUGAAGUGUUGCGUACAGAGGCAGAGCAGGCAAAGAACCAGGAGCUGAAGGACCUGCUGCCCUACGGUUUCGCCAUCCAUCACGCCGGGAUGACGCGUGUGGACCGUACGCUGGUGGAGGAUCUGUUUGCUGAUCGCCACAUCCAAGUCCUGGUUUCCACGGCAACCCUCGCCUGGGGUGUCAACCUUCCUGCUCACACUGUCAUCAUCAAGGGCACACAGGUGUACAGUCCGGAGAAAGGUCGCUGGGUGGAGCUAGGCGCGCUGGACGUCCUGCAGAUGUUGGGGCGUGCCGGCCGCCCGCAGUACGACACCAAGGGGGAGGGGCUCCUCCUGACGAGCCACAGUGAACUGCAGUACUACCUGUCGUUACAGAACCAACAGCUGCCUGUGGAAAGUCAGUUCAUCUCCAAGCUGGCAGACAACCUGAAUGCUGAGGUAGUGCUGGGUACUGUGCAGAAUCUGAAGGAUGCUGUCCAUUGGCUGGGCUACAGCUACCUGUACAUCCGUAUGCUCCGGAAUCCCACGCUGUACGGCGUCUCCUCCGACACGAAGGACGACGCAUUGUUGGAGCAGCGCCGUAUCGACCUGAUUCACACGUCGGCCGCCACGCUGGACAAACACAACCUGAUCAAGUACGACAAGAAGACCGGCAACUUCCAGGUGACAGACUUGGGGCGCAUUGCCAGCUACUACUACCUGACGCACGACACCAUCGCGACCUACAACCAACUGCUGAAGCCCACCCUUAGCGAGAUCGAGCUGUUCCGUGUCUUCUCGCUUUCUGGCGAGUUCCGAAACAUCACCGUGAGGGAGGAAGAGAAGUUGGAGCUGCAGAAGAUGUUGGAGAGAGUUCCCAUCCCCAUCAAGGAGAGUAUUGAGGAGCCCAGUGCCAAGGUGAAUGUUCUCUUGCAAGCCUACAUCUCCCAGCUGAAGCUGGAAGGUUUCGCGCUGGUGUCUGACAUGGUGUACGUGACGCAGUCUGCCGGACGGUUGAUGAGAGCGAUCUUCGAGAUUGUGCUCCACCGUGGCUGGGCGCAGCUGGCAGACAAGGCCCUCGCACUCUGCAAGAUGAUUGACAAGAGGAUGUGGCAGUCCAUGUGCCCGCUCCGACAGUUCCGGAAGAUUCCGGAGGAGGUGGUCAGGAAGAUCGAGAAGAAGAACUUCCCAUGGGAGCGCUUCUACGACCUGAACCACAACGAGAUUGGCGAGCUGAUCCGCAUGCCCAAGAUGGGGAAGACGCUGCACAAGUUCAUACACCAGUUCCCUAAGCUGGAGCUGGCCACACACAUCCAGCCAAUCACAAGAUCCACCCUGAAGGUGGAGCUCACCAUCACACCAGACUUCCAGUGGGACGAUAAGGUCCACGGGAACUCGGAGGCCUUCUGGAUCCUGGUGGAGGAUGUGGACAGCGAGAUCAUCCUGCACCACGAGUACUUCCUGCUCAAGGCCAAGUUUGCGCAGGACGAACACAUGGUCAAGUUCUUUGUGCCGGUGUUCGAGCCUCUCCCUCCACAGUACUUCAUCAGAGUUGUGUCGGAUCGCUGGUUGAUGUCGGAGACGCAGCUCCCCGUGUCGUUCCGCCACCUGAUCCUCCCGGAGAAGAACCCGCCCCCCACGGAGCUGCUGGACCUGCAGCCCCUGCCCGUGUCCGCUCUCCGGAACUCCCUGUACGAGACUCUGUACCAGAACAAGUUCCCCUGCUUCAACCCAAUUCAGACGCAAGUUUUCAACGCGGUGUACAACGGAGAUGAGAACGUGUUCAUCGGGGCGCCGACAGGAAGCGGGAAGACCAUCUGCGGGGAGUUCUCCGUGCUGCGGUUGAUCUCACAGAACCCAGAGGGGCGCUGUGUCUACGUGACACCCAUGGAGUCACUUGCAGAGCAGGUGUACAGCGACUGGUACGCCAAGUUCCAGGUGCAGCUGGGUAAGAAGGUGGUGAUGCUGACAGGUGAGACCAGCACCGACCUGAAACUCCUGGCCAAGGGGAACAUCAUCAUCAGCACGCCCGACCGCUGGGACGUGCUCUCACGCCGCUGGAAACAGCGCAAGAACGUCCAGAACGUCAACCUGUUCAUCGUGGACGAGGCACAUCUGAUUGGAGGGGAGAAUGGGCCCGUGUUGGAGGUCAUCUGUUCGCGUAUGCGUUACAUCGCCUCGCAGAUUGAGCGUCAGAUCCGAAUCGUGGCCCUGAGCUCGUCCCUGUCCAAUGCCAAGGACAUCGCCCAGUGGCUGGGAGCCACCACCAACUCCACCUUCAACUUCCACCCCAACGUGCGGCCAGUACCACUGGAGCUGCACAUACAGGGCUUCAACAUCACCCACACUCCGUCACGACUGAUCGCCAUGUCCAAACCGGCGUACCACGCCAUCCUCAAACAUUCCACCAAGAAGCCCGUCAUCAUCUUCGUGCCGUCACGGAAGCAAGCGCGGAUCACCGCCAUCGAUAUCCUGACCUUCGCUGCAGCUGACCAGCAACCACAAAGAUUCCUACACUGUACAGAAGAUGACCUUGGACCUCACCUGAGUAAGGUGUCGGAUGCCACGCUGAAGGAGACGCUGGUGAACGGAGUGGCGUACAUGCACGAGGGUCUCACCGACAUCGAAAAGAAGAUCGUCCAACAGCUGUUUGAUGCUGGGGCCAUUCAGGUCGUGGUGGCAUCCCGUAACCUGUGCUGGGCCAUCAGCAUGCAGGCCCACCUGGUGGUCGUCAUGGAUACGCAGUUCUACAACGGAAAGAUCCACGCCUACGUGGACUAUCCUGUCACGGACGUGCUGCAGAUGGUCGGGCGGGCCAACAGGCCUCUCACGGAUGAGGAUGGGAAGUGUGUCAUCAUGUGCCCUGCCUCCAAGAAGGACUUCUUUAAGAAGUUCCUGUACGAGCCCCUCCCUGUGGAGUCUCACCUGGACCACUGCAUGCACGACCACUUCAACGCCGAGAUCGUGACCAAGACCAUUGAGAACAAGCAGGACGCGGUGGACUACCUUACAUGGACGUUCCUGUACCGCAGGAUGACACAGAACCCAAACUACUACAACUUACAGGGUGUGUCUCACCGCCACUUGUCGGACCACCUGUCAGAGGUGGUGGAGCUGACCUUGAACGACCUGGAGAAGUCCAAGUGCAUCAGCAUCGAGGAUGAAAUGGACGUGUCGCCGCUCAACCUGGGCAUGAUCGCGGCCUACUACUACAUCAACUACACCACCAUUGAAUUGUUCAGCAUGUCGCUCAACGCCAAGACCAAGAUUCGCGGUCUCCUGGAGAUCAUCUCCAAUGCUGCGGAGUACGAGAGCAUCCCCAUCCGCCACCACGAGGACUCGGUCCUGCGCCAGCUCUCGGCGCGCCUGCCCAACAAGCUGGCCAACCCCAAGUUCAACGACCCCCACAUCAAGACCAACCUGCUGCUGCAGGCCCACCUGUCCCGCAUGCAGCUGUCUGCGGAGCUGCAGUCUGACACAGAGGAGAUUCUCACUAAGGCUAUCCGACUGAUUCAAGCGUGCGUGGACGUCCUGAGCAGUAACGGUUGGUUGAGCCCGGCGCUAGCGGCCAUGGAGCUGGCCCAGAUGGUGACCCAGGCCAUGUGGAGUAAAGACUCCUACCUCAAACAGCUGCCGCACUUCUCCAACGACCUCAUCAAGAAGUGCACUGACUCCGGCAUCGAGAGUGUGUUUGACAUCAUGGAGAUGGAAGACGAGGACAGGAACAGUCUCCUGCAGAUGAGCGAUGCCCAGAUGGCGGAUGUGGCGCGCUUCUGUAACCGCUACCCCAACAUCGAGCUGGCGUACGAAGUCAUGGACAAGGACAACCUGCACAGUGGCUCCCCUGUGAUGAUGGUGGUGACACUGGAGAGAGAGGACGAGGCAGCGGGGCCUGUGGUGGCUCCAUUCUUCCCACAGAAACGUGAGGAGGGCUGGUGGGUGGUAAUCGGCGACAACAAGUCCAACAGCCUCAUCUCAAUCAAGAGGCUGACCUUGCAGAACAAGGCCAAGGUCAAACUGGACUUUGUGGCACCAUCUCAAGGGACCCACACCUACACCCUGUACUACAUGAGCGAUGCCUACAUGGGCUGUGACCAGGAGUACAAGUUCAACAUCAAUGUCGGGGAAGAGGCCAGCGAUAUGGACAGUGACUCGGACUAGUCUCACAAAUACAUGUUUUACCAGCUGGUACUGAGCUUGUUAUUAGGACAAUUGUCUCACUCAGCACUUUUUCACUUGGAAGGAAACUUGAUACAUUAGAUGUACACAUACAUGUGCAUGUACAAAUGUAUAUUGUGCUAUAGUAUCUCUUUGUCUCAUAUGACAUAGCUGUAGAGAAACGUUGGGAUCUGUUAUUAUUUCCAGACUAAUAAAACAGAGCAAAUAAACAGUAGUUACAUUCUGCCUAAUGAUGCAGAUGUGAAUACAUUGUAAGUCAUUUAUUGACACUUAAGCAAGUGCAGAGCUCAGGAUUUGGGGCAUUUAUUCCAUUAACCAUGGUGAAGUUUCUUUAGACUGUAAAGCUAUGUUCCCUGCACUGUCUGAUAACAUCUUCACAUCAUGAUAAUAAGGCAGUCCAAGCUGGUAUCCUGUGUAAAUAGUUACCUUGCUGAUUUUAAAACAAACACUUCAGUUAUGUCAUGUUGAUUGAAAUAUAAAUCAUGAAGAUGUGAAGAAUAAACAAAGUGAGUAUAGACAAAGUAUAAACUUUCUUGUGGGUACUUAUGCCUCUAAAGAGAAGCAAAUGACAUGUCAUUGCUAUUAAUUUCAACUUAAUGUAGUACUGAAAGUAAGCCUCACAGGUCAUGAGGUGUAUUGUAAGGUGUGAAGGACUGAAUGUAGAAAUGUCAGAUUUAACAUCUGACAGUCCAUUUUUGGUUUGUAUAAAUAAAGGAACAAAUGAGUCAGUGA